GUUGAUACUUUUCUUAUUCUGCUCUUUUUAUACAUAUAUCGAAAAGUAAACUAAAUUUAGGGCUGAAAAAAGAUGCCAUAUCUGUACGGGAUUGCAGACACCAAGUUUCUGGUGAAAAAACUCAAGAAGAAGGUCCGCACCGGUGUGCCCCCCAUCAAGUUUCGACGCAACGAGUUCCUCAAGGGUCGCCCGAAGGUCGACCUCGACGAUGUACCGAUUCAGUUCCGUGCCUCGCCGGCUUCCCUCCUAGAACUGUGCGUCAAUGUGGUGGAUAAGCUACCGAUUUCCUCGAUCUAUGAGUGGGAUGAGAUGGAUAUAAGGCGUUGGAUCAACAGAUAUGGUUAUCCAGAAUAUAUGAACACUUUUCGCGUUAACAUGAUCACGGGGCGAAAACUGCUGCUGGUGGAUGCCUCCGCGCUGUCGGCCAUGAACAUCAAGGACUUUGAUCACAUCCGUCACAUUUCCUAUGGCAUUCGGAUGCUGUUCCACUUCGAGCUGGCCAAAUUCUCGCUCAACAUCACCCUGCCCGACGAGAAGCCAAAUGAGCUUUACCUUCUGUUCCACACCCAGACAGGAGUAAACUACGAUGAAGUGCGUCGCUCGGACCUGUAUCGCCGCAUGCAGCUGAUACGCGAGCGUUCCCAGAACCUGGACCACUGGGAUCUGCUGGACCUCUGGCUGCGCCGCGAACGGGAGCACAACUAUACCGAGCUGAUUGGAAUGAUACCGCGCUUCAACAUGUAUAAGUGCAAGAAGGCCCCUCCUACGGAGCCACCGGAUGUACACCCAGAGGAUGUAAUGUGCAAGAUCUGCAUUCCGCCCUGCGACUGUGACUGGACAGAGCGGGACUUGCGUCUGCCAUGGCGCCUGAACGUCCUAACCCCACAGCUGACGCUGACCAGGAGCAAAUGGAUCGCCAUGGAGAAGAUAUGCACAGCCUGUAUUCCACCCUGCGAGUGCCGCUGGCCGCCGCGCUACUACCUCACUGGCACGGUUAUAAAAUGCCUGCAGCAGAAGUUCCCCGAGAAGUUCUGUCCCAUCUUCGACGAGCGCAUGCGGGCCUCGGCUCGACCCAGUCUGGUGGAGCGUUGGACCCGUUUCUCCAUAUAAUUUGUCUGCCUGUUAUACAUAUUUUAUAAUGAUUAUUAAACUUUAAUUGUUUC